GGGCAGCCCGCCCGCCGAGCCAGCCGCAUGCCUCUGUGAGAGAGAGGGGCGCUUCCAGAGCACGCUCCGCUCCCCCCGUCCUUCCUCAUGCUAGAUACGUUCAGACCCGUCCCUUUCGCGUCGGAAAUGGCGAUUAGUAAAUCCGUGGCGUGGCUGAACGAGCAGCUGGAGAUGGGCAACGACCGGCUGCUGCUGAUGGACUGUCGGCCGCAGGAGUUGUACGAGUCGUCCCACAUCGAGGCUAACGGAGAGCCCGGCAUGAGCCGGGGAGGGCAGAAGGAAUUGCCGCCGAGACAUCUCUCCAGAGGUCCCCGCAGGGCGAAGCGGCACAGAGCUUUAAUCCUGAAUGUGCUGAGCCCUCCGCCGCAGCGGGCGAUUUUCUUAAACCUUCGUGGUUUCAGCAAGUUCCAGGCCGAGUUCGCCCUGCACUGCGAAACUAACCUAGACAGUUCGUGUAGCAGCAGCUCUCCUCCUUUGCCAGUCCUGGGCUUGGGAGGCCUCCGAAUCAGCUCCGAUUCCUCAUCAGACAUUGAAUCUGACAUUGACAGAGACCCCAAUAGUGCCACCGACUCCGACGGCAGCCCUCUCUCCAACAACCAGCCUUCCUUCCCCGUGGAGAUUUUACCCUACCUCUACUUAGGCUGUGCCAAGGACUCCACUAAUCUGGACGUUUUAGAAGAGUUUGGCAUUAAAUACAUCUUGAAUGUUACCCCCAACCUGCCUAAUCUCUUUGAAAACGCCGGCGAAUUCAAGUACAAACAGAUCCCGAUCUCUGACCACUGGAGCCAAAAUCUGUCUCAGUUCUUUCCUGAGGCCAUCUCCUUUAUAGAUGAAGCACGGGGGAAGAACUGCGGCGUCCUGGUGCAUUGCCUAGCAGGGAUCAGCCGCUCGGUCACAGUGACAGUGGCCUACCUCAUGCAGAAGCUCAACUUGUCCAUGAACGAUGCCUACGAUAUUGUCAAGAUGAAGAAGUCCAACAUUUCACCCAACUUCAACUUCAUGGGUCAGCUGCUGGACUUUGAGCGGACUCUGGGACUGAGCAGCCCCUGUGACAAUCGAGUGCCGAACCAGCAGUUGUACUUCACCACCCCUUCCAACCAGAAUGUCUUCCAGGUGGAUUCCCUGCAGUCCACGUGAGCUCCCACCACCUCCCUUCUCCUGUCCGUUUCAUGGGAUCACUCCUCAAUGGUUUCUCUUUGGCAGUGAUAAAGAAAACGCAGCUUUCUCUUUUUCUGGCCUCUGCUAUCAAAAAGCAGCUGCCAGUGCAGGCUAGGAAAGGUUACGCGGUAUGGAAUCGGCUAUUGUGAAGGGAGGGAACGUGGUGAGCUCUCUGGGAAGGACCGUGGUGACCAGGCAGCAGGUGGGCAGCACACUCAUCCCUACUUGCGCAGUGGCUUGGGUCCGAGGACUUCCAGGGGGGUAGGGUAAGGCUGGACAGGCUGAGCACAUGUUCUCUAGAGACUGGAACUGUCCUGCUUCCCUCUCUGCUUUCGGAUCUGUGACACACAUCUCUGUCUUCAGUGAAGACUGGUUAUUUUUGUUUGUUUGUUUGUUUUAAUUUAGAGGAGCCAAAGAAAGAGAUUUCAGCUUAGUGUAUUUGGAGUACUUGUUUGCCGGGAGCUCGGUAGUAUUCUACUUGAUCAAUGUAAAUAUUUAAUCUUAAAUCGAUUUGCAAUUUUUUUUUUAAAUUCACAUGUAUUCAAGAAAUCAAUCCAAGGGACAUCUGUGUUUUUGUUCUCUUCAUAAAUUCUGCUUUAUUUGUUUGUUUUUUUUUUUUUUAAUUGCAAAGAAUAUAUUUGCAGCAUGCUUAACUUUAUUGUUCAACUGAAGCAAGCUUUCCAUGAGGGAGAAAUGGCAAUGGUGAGAAGUUUGCAAAUCAUGUUUUGUGAGCAAGUACAUUCUCUUCUUUCAUAUAUCUUUCUUUUCCUUGUGGUGAUUUUUUUUUUCUCACACUCUUUAUGUAGUUUCCACAUGAUAUAUAUAUAUAUUUUUUAAAUUAAAUUAAUUUUUUGCCUUACCUUUUGUAAAUAGAUCAUCUGGGAGGAGGUUUGUCUUUGAAUGCGAAAGAUUUUUGAUCACUUUUUAAAACUUUCAGAUGUGCUAAACAGUGCAUUACCUCUGUACAAAUUCUUCAGGGAGCUUCACCUCAAAUGCAAUAUUUUGUGUCUUUUUUUUUUUGUAUAAAACUGGAAGUAUGUGCGAGCAUUUGUACCUGUGUGUACGCACAGUGAACCUGCACAUGGUUGCCAAUAAGGGAGAGUCUAAUUCACGGUGUAAAAGUUUUAAGAUGGAAUUUAUUAUAAGAAUGUAAAACCUUAAAUUAUUAAUAAAUAAAUAACUAUUUUUGGCUAU